AUCAUUUACGGUAACACACAGACGUCAUGGCAAAGUUGAGGACGCUACGAAGCCACGCCCCUCGGACACGACGCCCCGCGCAUAUGUCGUGCGGCGUUUCAGUGCGUCCCAUAUAACAGGAAUUCACCAGGUUCCACAUCGCCGAGAAGUUCCUGUUCGUUCAUUAUGCAUUUAUAAUAUUUGUAUUCUAAUGUGAACCAAAUAGGGCAACAUCGAGCAAACCGCCUGUCGCCACUCAAGCCUUUCCAGCAGGGUGAAGAUGAAGAGGAACCCAUUAUCAGUGCUGUGUCUCUCUUCGCUUUUGCUUUAUAUUGACCUUUCCUUUGCCAGGGUUAGAAUAGGAGGGGGCUUUGGAAAGGGCCUUAGCUUCAAGCCCCCAUCAACAAACAGAGGCACAGGCAUCACUAACACAGGCCACAAAGGCAGCCAUGGUUCCAGCUCAUUGGGUGGAAUCCCCAAACAGUCAGGUAGACCUUCGUAUCCUGUAACUGGCAGGUCCGGCGGCUAUGGUGCUUAUCCAGGGAAAAACAUCAACCACAACCCCAACAACAGAGUCCUGAGCCCUCGUUAUGGCGGCAGCUUCGGUUACGGAGGCCGCGGUGUGAGGGGCGGCUCUCCGUAUUCCCAGUCAGUCCAGGCCAUGGGCGCGUAUCCCUCGGAUGAGUCCAGAGAUUACGGGCAAAGAGCGGUGAUGGCGGCAGCGGGAGGGGCUAUGGCAGGAAUGGCCCUGGGCUACGGGCUGGGAAGGUUCCCCCGUCCCCAUUUCAGCUUCCACAGCCCCCAGGAGGAGUAUUACUACAACCACUACAUGUACAGGAAGUACGGAGUCAAAUCUACUGAUACCAAUGACUACAGCAGAGACUACAAGUACACGCAGCCCCCUAUGACCUACGGCAGCUUCAUGGACUCCUGCAUGAAGAGAACAGACGUUCUGCCCGGGGAGAACCCGCCGCCAAAAGCAGCCGCCGUCGCCUCAGCGCUGGACACGGGCAGCGACGCAGUGGAGGCCCAGAGCUCAGCAGCUCCGGCCCCUGGCCUCGCAAAGCAGCCCGACGCCAGCGGCGACGCAGAGGACAGUGACACCGUCAGCAUUGUGGAGAUCGGCUAUCCAGCGCUGAUUGAGCAGAUGAAGGCCCGGAGCUGCUUGGAGAUGUACAUGGUUUACUCGGACAAGUACCUGGUGAAAGCGCGGGCACAGCGACUGCACACGCGCUCGCAAGGACUAUUAGUUCUACUCACUAGCGCUCUAAUGAUGCUACUGAAUAGCGACAUGCUAGUGCUGCUGCACUGAGGUCCCUUAGGAGGAGCUCAGUGUGCGCCUCCAGAUCGUUCUUUUCUCUGCUUUGACUGUUACAGUUCCAUUCGCUGUCCUAAUCCUACGCUAAGUGUUGCUUCAUUGCUGCAGUAAUGGUAGCGGGUCACAGUACUGACUCAUCGUCCUGUCUCCGUAAUGUGUUCACGAGCUUUUGAACGGCGUCCUGGCCGGGCCCCAGAUAGUCACGUUAGCGGGUUGGUUUGGCACCAGCUCCGCCUCAGUGACCGGCCUGAAUGAACGGCUCCACGCUAACGAAGCGGCGCCUGCUUUAGCGUUGUGUGAUCACUUCAGGUGUGUUUCCAUUUGAGCGCGGCUCAAGGUGCGUCUUCUGUCUGUAUUUACCAAUAUUGGCAUCAUCGCUGAUUGUAGUGUAGUGUAAAACAGGGACUUUUAUCACAUAAGGUCUCUUGGAACAAUUAAAAACCAAAACAACGGACUGGUGAGUGUAUAAUACUGCUCCGUAUUGUAUUUGGAACAACAGGCUAAAUGGAGAAACAGUAGUUUGCAUGCUGUUGCCUUAAAGUGCUUCAAGGUCUCUACUUAAUAUGCUGCCCAGUGUUUUGCUGCAGUGGAGCUUGUGAAGUGCUCUUAAAAGUGAAAAUGUCUCCCGAUGUUUCGAAUUCCAAGCCAAACUCAUCUCGUUCCUUUUUCUACUAACUUUCUAUAUGUUACCUUUGACUAUCAGUAGAGUUUGUGGUUACUGAGCUUUGUUACCCAGGAUUUAUGUACGUACGAUUUGUACAGUUGUUAAAUGUUUGAACUGCAAACCAAGUCAAGCUCAGCACAGGAUCAUCUGUAACUACGGUACAGCUGCAUACAUGCACAUGUUAUAGGUCCUCUCAACAAUGAUUCUCGAGCAUUCACGUUUGUGUGGAAACACUGCUGUUUUGUGAGCAGUUUUUCUGUAUGUUAUGUUGCACUUUAAAUUACACUCACUGCCAAGUUUCCAUAAGAACGUCUGUAUGAUGUUUACUCUCCAGUAUGUUCAGUAUGUCAAAAAGCUCAUUAACGCCGCAUUAGGAAAAUACUGAAAAAUAAAGAAACUCACAAAACUUUAAGAGGGAAAUUAGUGGCUGGGGAAACAAUUGCGCUUUUACAGACUCCAAUUUGUAUUAUUCUGAACAAACUCUACACAAUUGUAAACUAGGAAGACAUGUACAAGUACAAUCUGCAAACAGGUGAAUGUAGGAACGUGGCCACUGCUCACCUGUAGACACGGCUGUGGCUGACCUGUUCCUACCAGACACUCUGCAGCUUUAUUCCGCUGACGUAUUGUUACGUUGCUGAUAAAUUAAGAGCAGGAGAGAUCACAGCCUCUAAUCCAGCUUUGACAAACAGAUCUUACAUAAACAACGUCAGCACUACGACCCAACCUGACGCUGUGAUGACGGGACCAGGUGAAGCAUUUAUAAUCUCUAAAUGCUGCUUAGGAUCCUGCUUUAAAUGGAAAUACAGGACCUUCACCUCAUUAAUGGAUAAUCAAGAGCCGUAACAUAAACUCACGUCUGCGUGAUUAACUCAACACUUUUUUGACAGGAAGAACAAAUAAGAUAUGAUAAUGCAGUUAAAUAUAUAUACACCUACACAUAUACACAGACUACGGACUACAUGCAACCAAGGGAGAUGACACGAUUCGCUUUGUCCACACUUUAAUCCAUCUCCUCCUCAGAUGACAUCACUACAGUUAGAUUGGGAAUAAUCCUGAGAUUGUGAGAUUACAGCUACAGUAGCCUGCACUUACAAAGACGAUAGUACUUUGAUCUGUCUCUGUCUCUGCAUUGUUAAUGGUGCUUUCUAGAGAUAAAAUAUAGUUUACAGUAUAAAACGCUCUAAUGUGUUAUGUCACAGCAUCCAUUAUGAAGCAUCAGUUUAAAUACUGUGUUUACAGUGCACUCACCUGUUGAAUCUGCUGAAAUGAAGCGGAGCAGCAGUUCAGAUGUUAAUGUGUCCCUUGUCUGUGUUUCAGGGCCAGUUGCUAAUUCAGUCUGAACUGUUGAGUAAAUUAAAUGUAAUAAAUAAUUAUUCACAGAC